AUGAACAUCCAAGACCUCCUCAUCCCCUCCCUAAACGAAACAUACUACCACAACACAGGCCUCGUCGUCCGCACGCCCGCGCGCUUCAACACCGCGCAGCACGGCCAGGAGGCCGUGUAUGCGGCAAGUGCAUCCGACGAGGCGCCAAGACACGACAGCGCGCGGCAAGAUGGAGAGGACACGGUGACCGAGGAUGAGGAUGAGGAUGAGCGUGUUGGAGAACACAGUAGUGGGGACGAGCGCGCGAUGCAGAUCCUGGCUACUGUGUGUGCGGCACGGUUGGCGGAGGAGGAGGCUGUGAGUGCGAGGGAGAGGGAGAGUGGGGAGAGGGGUAGGGGGAAGAGGACGAAGAGGAUGACGGAGAAGGCGAGGGCUGCUGUUGAGGAGGGGGAGAGUAGGAGUCAGGAGCGUGUGGCGGCUGGUGCUGCUGCGGCUGUUCGUGUGGGUCGGGCGAAGACGAGGGUGAAUGGGCCGGUGAGGAGGUCUGCUAGGUGGGCGGAGAGGAACGGGGGGAUGGCGGGGAUGGAGAAGUAG